UUCGCCCGCACACCCUAAUAGCCGAGCGACAAAAAGUCAUUGGCGACUCCACGGUGACAACACCUCAAGAAUCCAACCACCUCCGAACGACAAACGUCUUCGACUAUUGACAACCGUCACCAUGGGCGAAGCAGUGAUUGAGGGAUCCAACUGGCGCCUCGUUGAGGUCGGCCGCGUCGUUCUCAUCAACGGCGACCACCCCUACGCCGGCCGCCUGGCCACCAUCGUCGAGAUCAUCGACCACAAGCGCGUUCUCGUUGACGGUCCCUCCUCCGACCCCGCGCUGGCCAUUCCCCGGCAAUCCGUCCCCCUGUCCAAGUGCCUCCUGUCCCAGUUCGUUAUCGAGGGUCUCCUCCGCGGCUCCCGACACGGCACCGUCAAGAAGCAGUGGGAGAAGGCCGAGAUCGACGCCAAGUGGAAGGAGAGCAACUGGGCCAAGAAGCGCGACCAGGUCAAGAGGCGGAAGGCCCUGACGGACUUUGACCGCUUCAAGGUCAUGCGCCUUAAGAAGCAGGCGCGAUUCGAGGAGCGCAAGGCUCUGGCCAAGAUCAAGGCCUCGGCAUAAUUUGGUUGAUCAGCAAUCGGAGUCGGGGGGAUGGAUUCGAGGGGUGGCUGGCAUUAGAACGAGCGGCAUGGAACCGGAAAGGAAAACACGCUGCGGCGGCAAAGACCGUCGCAUUCCUAUUUUGCACCCGUUCUGGAAGGGCUGUAUGUCACAUUUCAUCGCACGAUGAACCGGCGUCAAUACGGAAAUUCAGAAAUCAAGACGAAUUCAACG